AUGACGAAAGAAGUUCUCAUCGAAAAACGAUCAUCAAAAACCAUAGCCGAAGGAAAGGCGAAGUUUCUAGGACGUAAGCGAAAGGUGUCUUCGCCAGGUCAGAAAGAAAACCAGUGUACUGUCGCCUUGAUCACAAAAAAUGCCAUCAACCCUCUUGUGAAUGGGGAUGAGCAAAAUACAACAGAGAAGUCCGUCAAUGGCAAAGAGUUACAAUUACCAGAAGUUAGAAUGGUGGGGCAUCUAACCGCACUGCGAUGUCAACCGCGGCUCACUGAUGAACGUGUCGACCUUGAAAUAUAUGCCAAACGCCACGAGAAGCUGGAGAAGGAGGAGAAGCAAAUUUUAAGAAGGGAUCGAAUUUGGCAGAAUGAAGUCCGUCGUCGGUCACGCCUUCUGCGAAUCCAACAGUCGCCUCCACGAUUUCGUGAUUUCCGAAUAGUUGUGCUAAGGAAACUUACUCGUCAUUUUAAAUGA